AUGGCACACCCUAGUGACAGCGCAGCUUGGAAGCACCUCGAUUGUCGAUUUCCAGAGUUUGCUUCUGAGCCUCAUAAUGUGAGACUUGGCUUGUGUACAGAUGGUUUUGCUCCUCAUGAGGAGUUGAAACUGUUGUGGGAAGUUGGCGCGGCUACUUAUGGUAUUUUGAAGAAACAGAAUUUCAAUCUUCGAGCAGCCAUCCUAUGGACCAUUAGUGACUUCCCGGCUUAUGGCAUGUUGUCUGGUUGGGCCACGGCUGGUAAGAAAGCUUGUCCACAUUGCAUGGAGAAGACCAAAGCAUUUUGGCUUGAACAUGGUGGUAAAGUUUCUUGGUUUGAUUGCCACCGGCAAUUCUUGCCGACAGAUCACCCUUUUCGGAACAGUAAAACAGCAUUCUGUAAAAACAAAGUAGAGAAAGGAGUCCCUCCACACAUCAUGUCAGAGGAGCUGUGGGAAUGUGUUAAGGACCUUUCGAAGGCUACAGAUGGACCCGAUUCAAUUAAAAGGCUGAAAAAUGAAAAGAAGGGGUGUUUCAAGCAAAGCACCUUGUGGGAGCUCCCAUAUUGGAAGCAUCUCCUCAUUCGUCACAACUUAGAUGUCAUGCACAUUGAGAGGAACUUCUUUGAUCAAUUAAUUCACACUGUAAUGGAUGUGAAAAAGCUUACGUGUGACACGCCUUCAGCUCGGAAUGACAUUGAUAAAUAUUGUAAACGUCCCCAGCUUCAUCUUCAAGAGGAUGAUAGAGGAAAAGAGGUAAUGCCAAAGGCUCCAUUUUCUCUUGACAAGGCUCAGAGAAAAGUUUUGUGUGAGUGGGUUAAACAGUUACGGUUCCCUGAUGGUUACGUCUCCAAUUUGAGCAGAUGCGUAGAUUUGCAAGCGUGUAAGCUCUAUGGAAUGAAAAGCCAUGACUGUCACGUGUUCAUGGAGAGGAUGUUGCCCACAGCUUUGAGGGAAUUGCUCCCUGGCCAUAUUUGGAAUGCAACUACAGAGAUCAGCCAAUUCUUCCACGACUUGUGUUGCUAUACAACAUCAGUUAGUGACAUGGAGCGAUUGGAGAAAAACAUACCUGAGAUCCUCUGCAAGCUUGAGAAGAUCUUCCCUCCUACAUUCUUUAACUCAAUGCAGCAUUUGCCUACACAUUUGCCGUACGAGGGGAAGUUAUGUGGUCCUGUACAAUACAGAUGGAUGUAUCCCUUCGAAAGGUUCCUCAAUCAUUUGAAACGGAAAAUUGGGAACAAGGCUCGAGUUGAAGGGUCCAUAUGCAAUGCUUAUCUCACUAAAGAGAUAGCAAACUUCUGCUCCAAUUACUUUCAGUCGACAAUUGACACUAAAACUCGAGAUCUUGGUCGAAAUAUGAAUGCCGACGUUGAGUCCACAUCGGACGACGCUGAAAUACCAGAGUUGUUCAAAGAGGACAGUGGUCGUGUGUCAAAUGAGGGUAGAACUCGGUUCUUAGAUGACAAAGAACUCGAGUGUGCACAUUUGUUCGUGUUACGAAACACCGGCAUUCUUGGCGAAUACGAAAGGAAGUUUGAGGACUACAUUCUUAGUACUCGACCUUUCCUGCAUAGAGAAGAUGUCAUGGAGAAUUUCGAAACUGAAUUCUCUGAUUGGUUUCAUCACAAGGUGGUUGAAGAGAAGCCAAAUUCGGAUGUCCAGCGAACGUUGUGCAUGCGUCCCUUCAUGCGAGUUCGUACUUGGGGCCAGAUUUUUAUAGGUGGAUUUAAUUUCCGUACACUUGCCCAUGGCAAGCACAAAUCCACCAUGAAUUAUGGUGUGUGUGUAUCAAGUGAGGAUGGCGUAGAGUACUUCGGCAUCUUAGACGACAUAAUUGAACUUGUCUACACGGGACCCAAGAGACAGUACAAGACAAUUUUGUUUAAGUGCAAUUGGAUGGAUUGUGGUAGGGGAAUGAACAUACACGAACAAUACAAGCUAAUCGAAGUAAAUAAUACUAAGAAAUACCCCAAAUAUGAUCCAUUUGUUUUAUCUUACCAAGUGGCUCAAGUGUACUACGCAUCAUACCCUAGCCUGAAACGGGACCGAGUUCAAUGGUGGUCUGUGUUUAAAACACAUGCAAGGUCAGUGGUUGAUGCUCCGGUGGACUUAGAGUUUCUGCAAUCACCAUCCCCAACAUUACAUGCAACGCUUUGCCCGCCGAGUGACAUUCCAGACUACGCCAUGGAUGAUGAUGAUGAAGACGAUGACGAUGGCUUUGUGAUCUCAAGCGAUGAAGACGAUGAAUUUAGUAUCGGCUCUAGUGAUAGUGACGAUGGUGAUGACAUCGAUGUAGUAUUAGAUGAUAGUAGUGAUGACUCUAGUAGUGAAAGUAGUGAUGAGAGUACUGAAUAG